AUGGCUACAACACCCUCCGCCGACCGCGAUGAUGACCCUCCUCUUUUCGGCGCAGUAUCGAGUUCGGCGCGCCAGCUCUACCAGCUACUACGCUGCAUCGCCUUCGCGCCCAAAGCCCAAGUCAGCAUCAGCGAAGAGGGGCUACGCUUCUCCGUAGAGGAACACAGCAUUAUGGAAGGCCUCGCCUUCCUCGACAAAUCCCUCUUCACGUCCUACAACUUUGCGCCGCACUCCUCGACCGCAGCAACUAACGACGCCGUCUCAGACGCUUCCACAUCCGACGACCCCCCCGUAUUCCAGAUCUCCCUCGUCGCGCUGCUAGAGACUCUACAAAUCUUCAACAUCGCCGACCCGCCGGGCGGCCGGCCAGGAUACCCGUCAUCCUUCACCACCGGGCCCACGGCCUUCGACAACCGCGUCUUAGGCCUAACAAGCACAUGCCGGCUCUCCUACGCCCAGCCCGGCGCCCCACUCUGCGUCAUCCUCGAAGAAGCAGGCGUAACUACGACCUGCGAACUGACAACCUACGAGCCUGCCGCCGCGGCAGGCGACAUACCAUUUGCGCGCGACCAGCUAGCGCUGAAGAUUAUCAUGCGGGCCAGCUGGCUUCACGACGCCGUCACCGAGCUCGCGAGCACAAGCCCUGAACGGCUGACGUUGACCGCGAGCGCGGAUCCCGUCGGGUUCGCCUUGGGCGCGACUGGCAGUCUGGGCAGUGCGGUCAUGGACUUUAGGAGCGAUUUGCCGUCGACGGUGACGGCGUCGUCGGCGGGCUUCUCGUCACUGUUGGAGACGUUCACGCUGGCUCCGACGUACCACAAGCCCGGGCGGAAGCUGAGGAAUAGUUAUAAGUUUGCAUCGAUCAGGGCGGCGAGCCGGGCGAUGGCUGUUGCGACGAAGGUGAGCAUCAGGGCUGAUGAGCAGGGCGUUUUGAGUUUGCAGUUCAUGAUCGAGGUUGACGGGGGAAAGGUCAGUUUUGUGGAUUUCAGGUUCGUGCCGCUUGUUGACGAGGAUGCUGAGGAUGAGGAAAGGGAGCAGGAGGCGGGACCGUGA